CAUGACCUGUUGUUUGGCCCCGUGAUCACCUCGCUUCCUGGCAAAUUCAAAACAUUCAUUCCUAACCACAUGGAUAUGCUGGAUCAAGCGUUGGACAGCAAUUCCCAAGACAAGAACGACUCGGCAUCGGAUGAUGCAUCACAUAUCCCCUCCGAUGGCAGACUCGAAAAGCAGUCAUUCUGGAAAGGCCUGCUUGUUGUCUAACAUACAGCAGUGUCCUCCCAAAACAACUGCUUUCUGCAGCUGCAAGUAGGUGGGGACAGGACCUUAAAAAGUACCUUUUGCAAAACACGAGCAAGAAGAAAGUGGUAUGGCGGAAGGCGUGGAAGUGGACAGCCAGGCUGCGGCCAUAGCCAGCGUUGCGCCGCAGGCCCUCUUGGAUCCUGGCAUCCAGUACCAGUUCCGCACCGAGAAUGGCCAGGGAGGGGUCACCUACCGCGUGGUCCAGGUGGCAGCCGCGCCGGAAGGCACUGAGGCUACCAGCGGCCAAGUGGUCACCACGGCGGCACUUGUUGGCCAGCAAGUGGCACAAGCCAUUAUUUCCAGCCCCUUUGCAGCCACCACGGCCAAUGGAGGCUCCAGCCCAACUGCUGAAGGGGGUCAAUUCUAUGUGAUGAUGUCACCCCAGGAUGUUCUGCAGACUGCACCAAGGACAUUAGCACCGCGAUCCCACAGCUUCGGCUCUAAAUCUGAAGGAAGCAGGACAGCCAGAGAUGAAAGGAGGAGGGCCACACACAACGAAGUGGAGAGGAGGAGGAGGGAUAAGAUCAAUAACUGGAUCAUCAAGCUUUCCAAAAUCAUUCCAGACUGCUCUAGUGACCUGAAUAAAUCUGGACAGCCAUCGUCCGUACACCUUCACAGCAAGGGCGGUAUCCUGGCAAAGGCCUGUGACUACAUUCAGGAAUUGCGUGCAAGCUGUGCACGACUGCCCGAGGUACUGAAGGAGAACGAGCGGCUGGCUUUGGAUUUGGAUUUGCUGCGACAACAGUGUGAACAGCUCAGGGCCACCAAUCAGCUUCUGAAGGCCCACCUAGAGCAAAGUGGUAUCACUGUCACCGAAGUUGAACACACGUCCUAACAAGAGCUCCUUGGCAGCUAAAGAAGCACGUCUAUGAAGAUAAAUAAAGCACCCAAGUGAUACGUCAUUAUCCAGCUUUAGUGAGUGGGAAGCAAACGUUGGCUGUGCAGGACAAGUAGGCUGACGAAAUCCGGGACAUAGACCAUAGACGAGCAUGUUUGCAAGUCGUGACCCGUGGCAAAACAUCUCCCACUUCCCGCAGUGUUGCGGAUUCCCUGGACUCCUUUCCCCACGCUUGGCCUUUUAGGAAGGACAGGAUUACAUAGACAGCUUCUGGUGGUUCAACGUGCCUGACCUGCAACCACCUUCCUUUUGUGUGCAUCAAAAGAACUCUCUUGCAAAGUGGUUGAUUCUUCACUCCCUUUUUUUAUGGAUGCCACGUCCCUGGCGCAUUUGCUCUGCGCAUCACAGUGACUUGUCCUUGAUACGAAAAAGAAACGCAUCUUUUUUUUUCUCUCUCUUGGGUGAGACCUUGCUUCCAAUCCGUUUAAAUGUUCGUGGUUGCAGGGGUUGGGAGUUACAGUUGUGUGUGUAUGCAUGGAUCAUUGUAAUUUGCCUUUUUACCUUCGUGGCACUGCCUCAUUGAUAAAUUGGAAAUCGUCGUGCUAUGAGUGAUUUCGCAUGCACGACACAAUUAUAUGUUGUGUUUUUUUUUCCGUGCCAGUUUGAGUUGUAGCUUUUUCAUGCAGUUUGUUACAGAACAUCCUGAUGCAAAAGGCCUGUUAGGUAGCUUACCAUAUUUUCAUGGCUUCUGAGAUGUUCAGAAUUUUAUAAAAAAAGGCUGGAGCUUCGUUAGGCUUCAUUAAGGCAACGUGUGAUGCAGUGUCAUAGAAGCACAGUACCUGUUUGCACAUUGCAUCUAAGUUCCCCGUCUGAAGUGUUCGAAGAGUUUAGUUCCGGGUGCCUUUGCGUUUGUACUGGUGUACUGAAAGGGAUGCUGGCAUCUAGUCAUUGCUCUAAUUUGUGCCUGCACGACUUCGUUUCAUCGAGAGUAUUUGUACAGAAGUAGAAGUCAUGGUGGUGAACUCUGAGAACACUACAAUUGACUGUUCACUGUUGUCUUUGUCACUUUUUUUUUUCAGACUGUGCUGCUUUUUUUUUUUGUUUAGAAGAGUCGCUGAAUCUUCAAAGUAUGUAUGUUCAUGCCACUCUGUUCUCUUAAAUAAAGUGCUAGCAUGAAUGAAAUAAAGCCACUUGGCAUAUGUAAGGCCCUUCUGCAUUGGGCUCCAAGUCGCCUGGCUCUUCGAGAUAGUUUUGGUAU